CUACCUUUCUCACCCCCCCCCAGACCCAUCAACAAGCUGUCCCUGUCGGAGCCCCAGACGAUGACCUCCAGUCCGGCCAUGGAUGACCUGGACUCAGCCCUACAGUGUCUUGAGGUCAAGCUGGAUGGGGCAGACAGCAGCCCCCAAGACAUGCUGGUCAGAAUAUUAUGACUCUUUAUUUCACCUCUACAGAAACAUUUCCCACAAUAUAUUUUAUUGUGAAGUCAAAAUAUGAUAUGUAUUUGUGAAUAUGUAUUUCAGUUAUGUAUUUUGAUUAUAAAUAAAGUAGCGUAGCUCUUUCCUGCAGUCAAAUGACCAAAUCGCCGUCUGGUGUUUCUAUGUCAAACGGUUUUGUUAUAUUUCAAUCUUCUGUGAUGUAUAUAAAGUGUAAUAUUGGGAUGCAAACUCAAAAUUGAAUACAUUUCAACUCUAUAUCUGACAUGGUACAGUUGUCUUCUUUUUUUGAAGACCAUAACCUUGUGUUUGAGGUGUAUACCUUUGUUUCAAAGUAGAUUUGUUUAAGACUACCAAGAAACAGUCUGCGUGACCCUGAUUUAGCCCACUGCAGUAAAAGGUUAAAUUAAGUAGAAUUCAAUUAUAAUAUGUUUUUUAUCGACACAGAGUAACAGGAUGCCAGAAUUAUUUCCCAUGCCUAUUUGAAAAGCAGAUGUCAGACAAGGAAUCAUUUGCAUGUUGCUUUGUCUUACACACAGGAGAACCUGACUGCCCCAGAGCUGAAUGAUUAUUUGAAGAUAUUCCGGUAAGAUCCGGCAUUUGUGUGAAAAAAUGUCUGAUUCCUCAUUUCCCGCACUAUUUUUAGAAUGGAACACACCAAAUCAUACACACACAAACAUGCACAAUCAGCACACACACACACACACACACACACACACACACACACCCACACCAUGUGAAGCAUAAUAACAGUAAUAACAGUGUACUUCUGUUUCAGGCCCAAGAGGUUGACUCUGAAGGGAUACAAGCAGUACUGGUUCAAGUUUAAGGAUGCCUCCAUCUCCUACUAUAAGAGCAAAGAGGAGAGCCUGGGAGAACCCAUUCAACAGAUCAACCUCAAAGGUAUGAAGCAGACACUUAGGGAGAAUCUCAAUUGCAUUUCCUUGAUUUCUUGCAUCCUCUCUCCUGGCCUCUUCUUAAAACCCAUUGGAUGAGAAGGUCAGAGGAGAAGGAAUCAAGGAAAUGCAAUUGAGAUUCUCCCUUAGAUCAAUUGUCUUUUGUCUCUUUCACCUGCUUAUACACACAGUACAAUAACCUUUCACCUUUUCAGGUUGUGAGGCCGCUCCAGAUGUGAACGUUGCUGGACAGAAAUUCUGCAUCAAACUUCUGAUCCCAGCUCCAGAGGGCAUGAACGAGGUCUACCUGCGCUGUGAAAAUGUGGGUUACACACACACUGCCAGAUACAUGAGUAGUACAUUUCUUACAAUUUUUAUUGAAAGUGUAGAUAAGAUCCACGAUAAGGUCCAAGAUAUUGUCCAAACUGAAAUUAUCUCCCUCCCUCUCCUCACCCUCCAUCACUCCCCUCCCUCCCACCUACCACAACCCUCACCCUCCAAUAACCCCCCCCUCACUCACCCUCCCUCCUCUACGCACCCCUCCUCCCUCCCGACCACUCAAUCCCAAUCUCUACUCUCCACCACCCCUCUCCCUCUUCCCCCCUCUCCCCCUCCCUCCCUACCUCCCCGACCCCCUCCCCCCCUCCCCUCUCCACCCUCCUCCCUAUCUCUCCCUUCCUCCCUCCCAAUCUCCUCCCUCUCCCUCCCCUCCCUCUCCCUCUCUCCCCUAUCUCCUCUCCCUCUCCCUCUCCCUCUCCCUCUCCCUACCCUCCCUCCAGGAGGAGCAGUAUUCCAGGUGGAUGGCAGCGUGUCGUCUGGCCUCUAAAGGGAAGAGUCUGGCAGACAGCUCAUUCCAGAGCGAGGUCCAGAGCAUCCGCUCCUUCCUGGCCAUGCAGCACACCAACCCCAACACACACACCGACGACAGCAUGAGCAUCAACACACACAGCCUGGUCUCCCCACGCUACAGCAAGAAGUACAGGGCCAAACAGGUACAGUAGAGAUGAACAUCCUCAUCCUGAAACACACUCUCAUGUACUAAUGAUAAACCCUGAUGAACUACAUAAUGAUAUACAGGUAACUGCCAAAAUAAAGGAAACAGCAACAUAAAGUGUCUUAAUGGGGCGUUGGGCCACCAUGAGCCAGAACAGCUUCAAUGCACUGUGGCGUAGAUUCUACAAUUGUCUGGAACUCUACUGGAGGGAUGCGACACCAUUCUUCCACCAGAAAUGCCAUAAUUUGGUGUUUUGUUGAAGAUGGUGGAAAACGCUGUCUCAGGCGUGGCUCCAGAAUCUCCCAUAAGUGUUCAAUUGGGUUGAAAUCUGGUGACUGAGACGGCCAUGGCAUAUGGCUUACAUCGUUUUCAUACUCAUCAAACCAUUCUUUGACCACUCGUGCCCUGAGGAUGGGGGCAUUGUCAUCCUGAAUAUAAAUUAUUGACCAUAAGUUGAAGGUGAUCACUCAGAAUGGCUGUGUAUUUAUUGGCAUUUCAAAUCAAAUCAAAUCAAAUUUUAUUGGUCACAUGCGCCGAAUACAACAGGUGCAGACAUUACAGUGAAAUGCUUACUUACAGCCCUUAACCAACAGUGCAUUUAUUUUAAACAAAAAAAGUAAGAAUAAAACAACAACAAAAAAGUGUUGAGAAAAAAAAAGAGCAGAAGUAAAAAAUAAAGUGACAGUAGGGAGGCUAUAUAUACAAUAGAAUAAAGUGACAGUAGGGAGGCUAUAUAUACAGGGGGGUACCGUUGCAUAGUCAAUGUGCGGGGGCACCGGCUAGUUGAGGUAAUAUGUACAUGUGGGUAGAGUUAAAGUGACUAUGCAUAAAUACUUAACAGAGUAGCAGCAGCGUAAAAAGGAUGGGGUGGGGGGGCAGUGCAAAUAGUCCGGGUAGCCAUGAUUAGCUGUUCAGGAGUCUUAUGGCUUGGGGGUAGAAGCUGUUGAGAAGUCUUUUGGACCUAGACUUGGCACUCCGGUACCGCUUGCCGUGCGGUAGCAGAGAGAACAGUCUAUGACUAGGGUGACUGGAGUCUUUGACAAUUUUGAGGGCCUUCCUCUGACACCGCCUGGUAUAGAGGUCCUGGAUGGCAGGGAGCUUUGCCCCAGUGAUGUACUGGGCCGUACGCACUACCCUCUGUAGUGCCUUGCGGUCAGAGGCCAAGCAGUUGCCAUACCAGGCGGUGAUGCAACCAGUCAGGAUGCUCUCGAUGGUGCAGCUGUAGAAUUUUUUGAGGAUCUGAGGACCCAUGCCAAAUCUUUUUAGUCUCCUGAGGGGGAAUAGGCUUUGUCGUGCCCUCUUCACGACUGUCUUGGUGUGUUUGGACCAUGAUAGUUCGUUGGUGAUGUGGACACCAAGGAACUUGAAGCUCUCAACCUGUUCCACUACAGCCCCGUCGAUGAGAAUGGGGGCGUGCUCAGUCCUCUUUUUUUUCCUGUAGUCCACAAUCAUCUCCUUUGUCUUGGUCACGUUGAGGGAGAGGUUGUUGUCCUGGCACCACACGGCCAGAUCUCUGACCUCCUCCCUAUAGGCUGUCUCAUCGUUGUCGGUGAUCAGGCCUACCACUGUUGUGUCGUCGGCAAACUUAAUGAUGGUGUUGGAGUCGUGCCUGGCCAUGCAGUCAUGGGUGAACAGAGAGUACAGGAGGGGACUGAGCACGCACCCCUGAGGGGCCCCCGUGUUGAGGAUCAGUGUGGCAGAUGUGUUGUUACCUACCCUUACCACCUGGGGGCGGCCCGUCAGGAAGUCCAGGAUCCAGUUGCAGAGGGAGGUGUUUAGUCCCAGGAUCCUUAGCUUAGUGAUGAGCUUUGAGGGCACUAUGGUGUUGAAUGCUGAGCUGUAGUCAAUGAAUAGCAUUCUCACGUAGGUGUUCCUCUUGUCCAGGUGGGAAAGGGCAGUGUGGAGUGCGAUAGAGAUUGCAUCAUCUGUGGAUCUGUUGGGGCGGUAUGCAAAUUGGAGUGGGUCUAGGGUUUCUGGGAUUAUGCUGUUGAUGUGAGCCAUGACCAGUCUUUCAAAGCACUUCAUGGCUACAGACGUCAGUGCCACGGGUCGGUAGUCAUUUAGGCAGGUUAUCUUAGAGUUCUUGGGCACGGGGACUAUGGUGGUCUGCUUGAAACAUGUUGGUAUUACAGACUCAGUCAGGGACAUGUUGAAAAUGUCAGUGAAGACACUUGCCAGUUGGUCAGCACAUGCUCGGAGUACACGUCCUGGUAAUCCGUCUGGCCCUGCGGCCUUGUGAAUGUUGACCUGCUUAAAAGUCUUACUCACAUCGGCUACGGAGAGCGUGAUCACAUAGUCGUCCGGAACAGCUGGUGCUCUCAUGCAUGCUUCAGUGUUGCUUGCCUCGAAGCGAGCAUAGAAGUGGUUUAGCUCGUCUGGUAGGCUUGUGUCACUGGGCAGCUCGCGGCUGUGCUUCCCUUUGUAGUCUGUAAUAGUUUUCAAGCCCUGCCACAUCCGACGAGCGUCAGAGCCAGUGUAGUAUGAUUCAAUCUUAGACCUGUAUUGACUCUUUGCCUGUUUGAUGGUUCGUCGGAGGUCAUAGCGGGAUUUCUUAUAAGCGUCCGGGUUAGAGUCCCGUUCCUUGAAAGCGGCAGCUCUACCCUUUAGCUCAGUGCGGAUGUUUCCUGUAAUCCAUGGCUUCUGGUUGGGGUAUGUACGUACGGUCACUGUGGGGACGACAUCAUCGAUGCACUUAUUGAUGAAGCCAGUGACUGAUGUGGUGUACUCCUCAAUGCUGUCUGAAGAAUCCCUGAACAUGUUCCAGUCUGUGCUAGCAAAACAGUCCUGUAGCUUAGCAUCUGCGUCAUCUGACCACUUUUUUAUUAGCCGAGUCACUGGUGCUUCCUGCUUCAGUUUUUGCUUAUAAGCAGGAAUCAGGAGGAUAGAGUUAUGGUCAGAUUUGCCAAAUGGAGGGCGAGGGAGAGCUUUGUAUGCGUCUCUGUGUGUGGAGUAAAGGUGGUCUAGAGUUUUUUCCCCUCUGGUUGCACAUUUAACAUGCUGGUAGAAAUGAGGUAGAACGGAUUUAAGUUUCCCUGCAUUAAAGUCCCCUGCUACUAGGAGCGCUGCAUCUGGAUGAGCGUUUUCCUGUUGAUUAAUGGCCUUGUACAACUCAUUCAGUGCAAUCUUAAUGCCAGCAUUGGUUUGUGGUGGUAAAUAGACAGCUAUGAAAAGUAUAGAUGAAAACUCUCUUGGUAAAUAGUGUGGUCUACAGCUUAUCAUAAGAUACUCUACCUCAGGCGAGCAAAACCUUGAGACUUCCUUAGUAUUUGAUUUUGUGCACCAGCUGUUGUUUACAAAAAUACAGAGACCGCCACCCCUCGUCUUACCCGAGUCUGCCGUUCUGUCCUGCCGAUGUAGCGUAUAGCCUGCUAGCUGAAUGUUGUCAUUGUUGUCAUUCAGCCACGACUCCGUGAAACAUAAGAUAUUACAGUUUUUAAUGUCCCGUUGGUAGGAUAACCGUAAUCUUAAAUCGUCCAUUUUAUUAUCCAAAGCUUGAACGUUGGCUAAUAGGAUUGAUGGGAGAGGCAGUUUACUCGUUCGCCGUCGGAUCUUUACAAGGCACCCCGACCUACGUCCACGGUAUCUCCGUCUCUUCCUCACGCGAAUGACGGGGAUCUGGGCCUUGUCUGGAGUCUGUAGAAUAUCCUUCGCGAACGCCUCGUUGAAAAAAAAGUGUUCGUCCAACGCGAGGUGAGUAAUCGCUGUCCUGAUAUCCAGAAGCUCUCUUUGGUUAUAAGAGACGAUGGCAUAAACAUUAUGUACAAAAUAAAUUACAAAUAACGCGGAAAAACACACAUAAUAGUACAAUUGGUUAGAGGGCUGUAAAACGGCAGCCAUCUUCUUCCGGCGCUGUUCUAAUUCAUUUACCAUGCCCUCUAAGGGGUUGAGUGGACCUAAACCAUGCCAGGAAAAUGCACCCCACACCAUAACAGAGCAUCCAGAACCCUCAUUUACGGAAGUGUUUCCUCUAUUUUGGCAGUUAUCAAACACAGUACAACACAGUUGAGUCACUUUAGAGAGCAUUUUAUCUCUCUCUAACUCCACAUAAUAUAACCAUGACCCUCUCUCUCUGGCCAUGCCCAGUUGACCCCUCGUAUCCUGGAGGCAUAUCAGAACGUGGCUCAGCUCUCCCUGACCGACACCUUGCUCCGCUUCCUCCAGAUCUGGCAGGCCCUGCCCGACUUUGGCAUCUCCUUUGUGGUGGUGAGGUAAGGAGGAUCUGGCAACCCAGUGUAUCACACGUUUCACAGCGAGGCUAUUCUCUGUACCUAGAAUCAAAUCUUGCGUGCACUAGCUAGGCAGUUACCUCAAUUGUAAUUUAUGUUAACAGUCUAUCACCAAAGAUUAGUGAGAGGCUAAUGGCUGGCCCAAUGAUAAGUUGUUGUGGUGAAGUUGAGUAUAGUGGCUGGUCUAAGGAUAAGUUGUUGUGGUGAAGUUGAGUCUAGUGGCUGGUCUAAGGAUAAGUUGUGGUAAAGUUGAGUCUAGUGGCUGGUCUAAGGAUAAGUUGUGGUAAAGUUGAGUCUAGUGGCUGGUCUAAGGAUAUGUUGUGGUAAGGUUUAGUCUAGUGGCUGGUCUAAAGAUAAGUUGUGGUAAAGUUGAGUCUAGUGGCUGGUCUAAGGAUAAGUUGUGGUAAAGUUGAGUCUAGUGGAUGGUCUAAGGAUAAGCUGUGGUAAAACUGAGUCUAGUGGCUGGUCUAAGGAUAAGUUGUGGUGAAGUUGAGUUUAGUGGCUGGUCUAAUGAUAAGUUGUGGUAAAGUUGAGUCUAGUGGAUGGUCUAAGGAUACAUUGUGGUGAAGUUGAGUCUAGUGGCUGGUCUAAUGAUAAGUUGUGGUGAAGUUGAGUCUAGUGGCUGGUCUAAGGAUAAGUUGUGGUGAAGUUGAGUCUAGUGGCUGGUCUAAUGAUAAGUUGUGGUGAAGUUGAGUCUAGUGGCUGGUCUAAGGAUAAGUUGUGGUGAAGUUGAGUCUAGUGGCUGGUCUAAUGAUAAGUUGUGGUAAAGUUGAGUCUAGUGGCUGGUCUAAUGAUAAGUUGUGGUAAAGUUGAGUCUAGUGCCUGGUCUCUGACCCGUUCAGGUUCAAGGGAAGCAGGAAGGACGAGGUGCUGGGCAUCGCCCCCAACCGUCUGAUCCGUAUCGACCUGGGGGUGGGAGACGUGGUCAAGACCUGGCGCUACAACAACAUGAGGCAGUGGAACGUCAACUGGGACAUACGACAGGUGACCUGACCCGUCAAUCAAUCAAUCAAAAUGUUCACAUUUUUCUGCACACACAAUCUUCUUUAGUAAUCUAUUUCACCAACUACACACUGAACACUGUCUCUGUAUCCCUUUUUCCUGGUCAUUUAGCUUUUGCUCAUCUUUCCUGUGUGUGUGUGUGUUACUAACUGUGUGUGUGUGUGUGUGUGUGUGUGUGUGUGUGUGUGUGUGUGUGUGUGUGUGUGUGUGUGUGUGUGUGUGUGUGUGUGUGUGUGUGUGUGUGUGUGUGUGUGUGUGUGUGUUACUAACCCUCAGGUGGCCAUAGAGUUUGAUGGGAACGUGAACAUAGCGUUUAGUUGUGUGACGGCUGACUGUAAGAUCGUCCAUGAGUUCAUUGGAGGCUACAUCUUCAUGUCGACACGCAGCCAUGAGCAGAGUGACACACUCAACGAAGAGCUCUUCCACAAGCUGACGGGGGGCCACGAGGCUCUGUGACACCCUCUGUGACCCAUGAAUAUAAUGUUAUAGAAAACUAUUAACAAUGUAAUGAAUUGUCAAUUCUGAAAUCUGGAAUUAAAUAUGUUUAUUAUGACAUACAUAAAACA